AUGCACCGCCACAUCUUUCGUCGCAGCACCGCACUGCUGCAAAUGGGCACUCCAAGCAUGGGCGGAAUGCCGGGGAUGCCACCAGGGAUGGGGGUUCCCGGUGCCAACAGCUCGGUCGGGCCGUCGUCCCGCUUGCCGAACCGCCCGGGAAAGACGGUGAGCUACCAGAACGCAAUCAAGAUGGAAGCGGAGAGGCGCCGAAAGCUGGAGGAGGACACGCGUAGCCGCUACUAUGUCGUCAAGGAGGACACCUGGGAGAAGCGGGGAGGCGGGCGGGUGAUCGGCAUCGACCUCGGCACCACAAACAGCUGUAUCUGCUACAUUGACACCGCAACGAGGCGGCCGAAGAUCAUCCCGUCGCCAACGGGGUCGUGGGUGUACCCGACGGCCAUCACCUUCGACAAGAAUCACCAGAUUCGCAUGUUCGGCGAGGAGGCACGCGCCUGUGCGCGCACGAGCGCCAGCGCGACACUCUGCAGUGGCAAGCGGCUCAUCGGUCGCGGCUUUGGCGAGCUUGGUCGCGUGCAAUCGAACUUGUCCAAGACAAACAUUUUGACGGUGAACGAGAAGGGCGAGGUGGCGGUGGAGAUCAUGGGGCGCACGUACACAGUUGUGCACAUCAUUGCCAUGUUCCUGCGCUACCUGAAGAGCGAAGCUGAGAAGUUCUUGGGCGAGGAAGUGCAGCUGGCCGUGGUAAGCGUGCCGGCGUACUUUACACCGCAACAAAAGGUGGCCACCGAAGACGCGGCGCUCUGUGCGGGCUUUGACGUGCUGGAGAUCAUUGACGAGCCGUCGGCCGCGUGCCUGGCGUACACGGUGCUGGAAGAGCUCAAGCGCGAGGAGAGGGAUGGGCAGCGACGUGCGGCGGUCAGUCCACCUGGAUCUGCCACCGCUACCGCUGCCUCCGCAGCGCAAGCGAGCAGUAGCGGUGGCAACCCCGAGGCGGUGGCGGCCGCGUCCUCGUCCUCUACUCCUGAAGCGGACGCAUACGGCAACAAGCGCUACGUGCGCUCUCUCGUCUUUGACCUGGGUGGCGGCACACUCGACUGUGCCAUCAUGGAGCACGACCGCUACCGGCAAAUGUUCAACCUCGUCGCCACACACGGGGACCCCAUGCUGGGAGGCAAUGACUGGGACACGGUUCUCUCCCAGCACUUCGCCAAGCAGUUCGAGAGCAAGUGGCGCGUGCCGAUUGAAGAAGAGGAGGGCAACGUUGGCCAAGGCGUCGCGGCCUUCCGAAACUUAAUCCUAGAGGCGGAGAAGGCGAAGAUACACUUCACCCACUCCACCGAGACCUACUACGGCUACAACCGCGCCUUCCACUUUUCCGACAAGCUGCGCGACAUUGUGCCGCUGGAGGCGACCCUCACGCAUGAGGAGUAUGUCACCCUCACCCGCCCGCUGCGCGUCCGCUGCCUGCAGUGCAUCGAGAAGCUGUUCAAGCACACCGGCUACACCGCUGCGGACAUCGACAACAUCCUGCUGGUCGGCGCCAUGACCCGUGACCCGCCCAUCCGCCACCUGCUCGAGGAGUACUUCGGGAAGAAGGUGGUGCAGGAGGACACGUGCCCGGCUGACUACGCCGUCGCGCUCGGUGCCGGCAUCCGUGGUGGGAUGCUGCAGGGCAGCUUUCCGGAGCUCACAGCCAACACCCGCUUCGUCAGUGGCACGGUGCAGUCACUGCGCGAGGGCGGCGGCAUCGUCCGCCGGCUGUGGCGCUAUCUCAAGCUCAUGACGAGCACCGUGAACCCUAACGCGAUUGGCACGCGAUGGCGCGGUCGUGCCAAGGGGCUCUCUGAUGAUGAGAUCGCGAACUACGCGAAGGAGCUGGUGGAGUUCGAGGCCACGUGCGCACGUCGACUGCUGCUCGAGCGGGCCGAGAGCGAGGCGAACUUUGUCAUGCGCCGAGUCACGGCCGACUCAAAUCGCAAGCAGGGCAUGCAGGAAAAGCGGAUUAUGCAGCUCAGUGAGCAGCUGAAGUUCUGGCAGUACAUGGUGCACAACUUUCACGACCACGAGGAGGAGCUGCUGCGUGUUGUGAAGGAGCUGCAGGAGGCGCUGAACGAGCUGGAUGGACUCGCGACGGACAACGUGGCAGGCCUGACGAAGGCAGGCACCAUUGACUUCUCCAAGACACUUGCGCGGACGCUGCGCGGCGUGUCCGGUACGGCGGCGGCGAAGGGGGAUGACAACGAGACCAGCGACGACUGCACGGAACACGCCGCGGCAAAAACAGUGGAGAAGCCGUCGGCUACCAGAGACACAGAGACACAGGCGAGUGGCGCGGCGCCGAACACAGCGGCAGGCCCCAAGAUUCUGCGCCGCCGUGCCCCCCUGCCAGCAGCCUCCAGCGCCGCCCAGGAGCUUGUCGAGGCGGGGCAUCCAGCGCUGAUGAACGCGGAUGUCGAGGUGUCCGAGUCUGCCCGCAAUUCGUUCCUGCAGGCUCAGGUCGAGGAACGGGCGUGGCAUGAGCCGCCAGCGCCGCCAGGUGAGCAGGGUUCGUGGACGGAGGUGAAGGCCGCCGUUGACGCAGGCGAAGUUGUGGGCGAGCCAGUGCCAUUGAGGGACCUGCUCCGGCCCAUGACGAUGAUCGAGAUGAAGGUGGCCCUGCAGACGCACUACCCUGUCGACGAUCCGCCGUCCGCCGAGCACAUCGCGAAGAGAGACGUGGCGGUUGACCUGCAGACCAUGACCAUCACGGAGGGGGCGGUGGAUAUGGCACAGCUGCAGGCCGACCUGGACGCCGCGGCGCAGACAGCGGUGGAGCAGGCGAAGGAGGAGGAGAGGCUGAUGCAGGAGCGACAGAAGGAGAUGUCGGCUCGCCUGUUUCGUUGA